CGCACGCGUGUGAUUCCGCGGUCUCCCGGGAGGCCGGUGGCUGGCGCUGAGUCGACGACAGCGGGAGUCGCUGCUGAGGCGGCUGCGGGCGCGGGUCGCGUCUGCGCUGCUGUGCUGGGCCGGGCUGGGCUAGCGGCUGCUGGCGCCUGGCGGUGAGGGCGGGCUCCGGGGGCGGGCGGAAUAGCCCCCACCUAGGGCGGUGGGAGAAGCGGCUGAGCCCAGGAUGCUGGGGAGGCGGUGCGGCGGCUCCUCACUCAUCCCAGAUGAUCAUUAUCUUUCUGAAGUAGAAUCUCCAUGGCCUGAACAUAUUCUGGAAAUCAUUUGGAGCAAAAUAUCUGUUUACUAAAAAGAUUUCCACAUCAAGAUGGUUGGAAAACUGAAGCAGAACUUACUAUUGGCAUGUCUGGUGAUUAGUUCUGUGACUGUGUUUUACCUGGGCCAACACGCCAUGGAAUGCCAUCACCGGAUAGAGGAACGCAGCCAGCCCUUCAGGUUGGAAAGCACAAGGAGCCCCGCGCGAACUGGCCUGGACGUCAAAGCCAACAAAACCUUUGCCUAUCACAAGGAUAUGCCUUUAAUUUUUAUUGGCGGUGUACCGCGGAGUGGAACCACGCUCAUGAGGGCCAUGUUAGAUGCGCAUCCUGAUGUCCGUUGUGGGGAGGAAACCAGGGUCAUUCCCCGAAUCCUGGCCCUGAAGCAGAUGUGGUCACGGUCGAGUAAAGAGAAAAUACGCCUGGAUGAGGCUGGUGUCACCGAUGAGGUGCUGGAUUCCGCCAUGCAGGCCUUCUUACUAGAGAUCAUCGUCAAGCAUGGGGAGCCAGCCCCUUACUUAUGUAAUAAAGACCCCUUUGCCUUGAAAUCCUUAACGUACCUUGCUAGGUUAUUUCCCAAUGCCAAAUUUCUCCUGAUGGUCCGAGAUGGCCGGGCAUCAGUGCACUCAAUGAUUUCUCGAAAAGUUACUAUAGCUGGGUUUGACCUGAAUAGCUACAGGGACUGCUUGACCAAGUGGAAUCGUGCCAUAGAGACCAUGUAUAACCAGUGUAUGGAGGUCGGCUAUAAAAAGUGCAUGUUAGUUCACUAUGAACAACUUGUCUUGCAUCCUGAACGGUGGAUGAGAACACUCUUAAAGUUCCUCCAUAUUCCGUGGAACCACUCAGUGUUACACCAUGAAGAGAUGAUUGGGAAAGCUGGGGGAGUAUCUCUGUCAAAAGUGGAGAGAUCAACAGACCAAGUCAUCAAGCCAGUCAAUGUGGGAGCUCUAUCCAAAUGGGUUGGGAAGAUACCUCCAGAUGUUUUACAAGACAUGGCAGCGAUUGCACCCAUGCUUGCCAAACUUGGAUAUGACCCAUAUGCCAAUCCACCUAACUAUGGAAAACCUGAUCCCAAAAUCCUUGAAAACACUAGGAGGGUCUAUAAAGGAGAAUUUCAGCUACCUGAAUUUCUUAAAGAAAAACCUCAGACUGAGCAAGUGGAGUAGCAGAGCCAGGAACCUCUUCCAGACAUGAGAGAAGCGGUAAGACCUCGGAGGGCGACCUGAUGAACCACAGUUUCUUCACUUGGCUGUCGUCCUCUAUGCAUCAUCAUUUCUUGGAGAAGUUUUUGCUGUAAUUUAUUUCAGAGAGACAUGCCACCAUCCAUUUGUUUCAGAAUCCUGUUCUUCUACUGCAUGCUUACAUAUACUAUAUUUAGAACAGAGAAGUUACUGAUUCCCGCUGUUUUCUAGAAGCCGUUGAUACAGAAUACAGAAUGACCAGCUAACGAUAGUAAUUCCCAUUUAUCGCGUGUCUUCUGUGUGCCAGGCACUGAUCAAGGUUUCUCAUCCCUGGCCUGAAAACUACACCUCUUCCAGUCUCCUCCGUCUCAGUAAUUAUAUUUUCUACCCAGUCGUUCAAGCCAGAAGCCUAAGAGUCAUACUUGGUUUCACCCUUUUCCUCCCUUUUCUAACCGACAUACGAGAUCUUUGAUUCUACCUUCAAAAUAUUUCUAGAAUCCAUACACUUCCCUCCAGCUCCACUGCCCCACCCUAAUCUAAGAUCUCCCCAUCUGUCACCUGGACUAUGGCAGCAGGUAGCCUCCGCACCCCGUCAGAUUCUGUUUAGCACAGAGCAUAGUAAUAGCUUUAAAACCCACAUCUGGCUGUGACCCUCCCACUUAACCAUUCCACUGAGAACAGACGCAGACGCCUGCACGUCUCAUCCCUCCCCUCUGCCUCUCCUCGCAUGCCAUUCCCCACCUUGCCCCUGCAUUUCCUGAGAUUCCUCCUGCUUCUCCUACCUCUGCACAUAUUACUCCUCUCCCUGGAAUGUUCUUUGCCUGAUUGCCUCCUUCUCAGUUCUCUGGUCUCAGUAAGUUCUACUUCCUCAGAGAGACUUUCCCUGACCCCUUGAACUGACAACUGGAUGCCCGUCCCGCCAACCUUCCUUCACAGUGUCUCCUGAUCACACUGCAGUGUUUAAUGUUUGUUCACUUUUUUACUGUCUGUCUUCUCUACUGAAGGUAAGUUCCUGGAAGACAGAGACUAUGUCUUUUCUUGUCCAUUUUUGUACCCUUGACACACAGCAAAGUGUCUGAGACAUUUUGGGAACCCAGUAAAAUAUUUGGUGAAUGGUAAUCCUCCCCAAAAGUUCUGACAAAUCGUUUUACAGGAAACAGAGGCUCAGGUCACGUACACAAGGCCGCUCAGGUAGCGCCAGAGUGGUGACCAGGUAUGGAGGUCCAAGCCUGACCUGAAUAUCAUUCCUUCCGCUGCACUCCCUCAACCCUGUUCCCUUCACUUAAAACGAAUGCUGCUGCUGGCUCAAUUCUCUGUUCAGCACUAUGUCCCAAGUCCCCCCUUUGUUGGGAAGCCUUCUUCUUCCCCAGUGCCCAGCACACGCCAGCGAAGCCGUUCUACCUCCGCAGUGCAGCCUCACUACCCGAGUACACUUCCUCCGUGUCUCCUCACCUCUCUUCAUUCCCUGCUUCUUCCACAUGCCUAUAAACCCAACCCCUCUCUCCUCUACCUGGGAAAUUACAGCCUCAUUAAGGGCUCAGCUGUCGUAAGUCCCAUUUCUUGUUACUCAACUGCUCCAACCUCUA